GUACCUCGUGCUUAGUGUGAUUUGUAACUGAUCAUUUCCGGCAUUGGAAAAAAAAUGCUCCCUCUCUCAAUUCUUCUUCUUCCAUUUUUUUAGAACCAUGGAUAUACAAUUUUCUUCUUCCAUUUGUGUAAUAAUUUAAUAUCCAUUUGUGUCAUACCGUAUAUUAGAAUCAACAAGGGAAUCCAUAUAUACCUAAUUUGUGUUGUUUAAAAUCAAUCAGUCAGUCAGUGCUAUUGGCAAGACAAACACAUCCUGCAGAAAAUAGGAAAACCUUUACAAGUUAUCAGCUAGUUCCUAAAAUGGAGAUUUCCAUGAUCUAUUGCCAUAUACUACUAGCUGUUUCGCUUACCCUAGUAUUAUUAUGCGGCCUUGUGCAUCCAGAGUAGAUCGAUCUGUAUAGCAUCACGUACUGUGCUCGUACUGAUCUUCUAUCUGUUCAAAUCCUCACAAGAUAUCUGGAUCAGGAACAAUGGCCAUUCUCCUCUUCUUAUUUUUCACAUCCAUUUUAUCCAUUUCCUACUCUUCGCCAUUGCCGGUCAAUGCCUCCGGUAACAUAUCAGCGCGCCGGCAAGCCGGUUGCGGCACCGGCAACCCGGUCGACGACUGCUGGCGGUGCGACCCUUGCUGGGCCGACAACCGGCAGCGACUCGCCGACUGCGCCAUCGGGUUCGGCCGCAACGCCAUCGGCGGCAAGGGCGGCAGGACAUACGUGGUGACGGACCCCGGCGACGAGGACCCGGCCAACCCCGCCCCCGGCACGCUCCGCUACGGCCUCGUCCAGGACGAGCCCCUCUGGAUCAUCUUCGCCUGCAACAUGACGAUCCGUCCCAAGCGGGAGCUCGUCGUGAGCUCCCACAAGACGGUGGACGGCCGCGGCGCCAGCGUCGUCGUCGGCGAGGGCGGCGCGUGCUUCACGGUGCGCAACCGGAGCAACGUGAUCAUCCACGGCAUCACCAUCCGCGGCUGCAGGCCGGCGCCCAAGUCGUCGGCGAGGACGGGCCACCUGUCGGACGGCGACGGCGUCAGCAUAUUCGGCGCGAGGGACGUGUGGGUGGACCGCUGUACGCUGGAGGACUGCGCCGACGGCCUCGUGGACGUGAUCGCGGCAUCCACCGGCGUGACCGUCUCCAACUGCCUGCUGACCAACCACAACAAGGCCAUGCUCCUCGGCCACAACGACGGCUACGAGGACGACAGGGCCAUGCGCGUCACCGUUGCCUUCAAUCGCUUCGGGCCGGGCCUCGUGCAGAGGAUGCCGAGGUGCCGGUUUGGGGUGUUCCACGUCGUCAACAACGACUACGUAAACUGGGGGAAAUACGCCAUCGGCGGCAGCGCAUCGCCGACCAUACUUAGCCGAGGCAACAGGUUCUGUGCCGGCAAGAAGAAAGAGGUGACGAAGCGCGACGGCGACCCGCCCAAGAGCGAGUGGCAGAAGUGGAACUGGAUAUCCGACGGCGACCUGAUGUUCAACGGCGCGUUCUUCACGGCGUCCGGCGGACCGGGGGCUGAGGUUAAAGCCCCCAGUUUUGCCAAGCCCGCCUCUUUCGUGGCGCCGAUGACGGCCUCCGCAGGCGCUCUCUCGUGCAGCAAGGGUUCUCUAUGCUGAAGCGCUCCAGGCUAGACAGUCACGUAGAAUAAAUGGCCACCACGUAGGAUUCUUUUAUUUGUCCACUGCACCAGUAGAGCCUAUAUAGUCCUGGGAAAAGUAGGUUAUACUUGAUUUGUUAUCAAUUCCUCCUCUGUAACGUCCUACAAAUUUGGGUGGUUUGAGAA